CGGGUUGGUCUCCUGAACACAACUCGGGAUGGGUUUUAUUUACCAGAAGCUGAACUACGUUGCGUGAACCGACUUAAAGAAGAACCGGCUGCUGUCGUUCUUUGGGGGGUCAGACGACCCCCAGACGUAUCUAAACAUGGCUGUUCGGAGAUAAUAAAGCUGCUGUACAAGACGAACCAUGUGGCGAGUUCAAGGAUUUGUUGGAAGAGUUCUGCAUCGAUGCCACGGCAGCGCCCCCCUGCGACUGCCCCAGAACCAUUAUGUGGAGGACGAGGUCAUCAACAGUUCAACUGCCCUCUCCACUUCUCGCCACUCCUCUGGCAGCGGUUUUUCAGUCACCUCUCAGAAAGAGGACGAUGGCGAGAGGAGGAAGAAACAGGGGACCUUUCAGUUUGGCUACGCUGAGCUUCCACGUUACACAGCCCUGGAUGCUGUGGGAUGGGGCGCAGCAGCAGUUCUGUUCAUGCAGAUCUGCAGGAGGAUCCACUCGCAGUUCUCUUCAGGCACUGAGCCGAGUCCAAUCCCUGGAGCCCAGACUGCACCCUCCACCCUGCACAAGUGUGGCUACCGCAUCCUGCUGGAGAUCUUGUCUAAACGUGAUGUCCUGCCCAGAGGAACGAGUGUGUUGUGUUUGCCAGGGGUGCCAGAAAGGCAGAACCAAGAUCAGUCCCCAGCUCAGAGCAGCAGCAGCAGCAGCAGCAGCAGUAGUAGUAGCAGCAACAGGACAGGUGACAGCAGUGUUCACUGCAGCAGUGAGGAGGACCAUCUGACUGCUGGCUGCUCCAUCUCUCACCAACAGGGGGCACUUCUGAACCAGGAUUCUUCUUUACACGAGGAAUCCUUUCUGUCAGCAUCCUGUCCUCUGCAGAAUGAUGCCAACCAACACAACACAGAGACUAAAGAUGCUAAUGACAAGGACAUGUCUGAUGAGGAGAAGCUGGCAGGAGCAGCACUGGACCUCAGACAUGUGGGAGACACCAGCAUUCCUGUUGUCCUCAAUAUCAUUGGUCUAGAAAGUGCCAAGACUGAGAACUACGAAGAAGCCUUUACAUGUUUUUUAGCUGCAGCUCAGCAGGGUUACAGCAAGGCCCAGUUUAACACGGGGGUGUGCUACGAGAAAGGCAGAGGAGUCCGCAAGGACAACGACAAGGCUCUGUAUUACUACCAGCAGGCAGCCGUUGGGGGUCACAGACAGGCUCAGUACCGGUAUGCAAAGCUGCUUCUGACCAGCAGAGGGCACCAGAGUUUAGAGGAGCUGAAUGUGGCCAUCAGCUUUCUGGAACAGGCUGCUGCAGCUGGACUCACCAAGGCUCAGGUCUGCCUGGCCUCGGUCUACUCCCAGGAACAGGUGAGAGACGGGAGCAAGUCUGUCCAGUACCUGAAGAUGGCAGCAGCGAGCGGAGACGACACCGCUCUGCUGUACCUCGGUCAGUGUUUUGAGAGCGGCUUUGGGGUGCAGCAGAAUCUGAGGACAGCGAUUGAAUACUACAAACGAGCCGCUCGAGCUGGCAACAGUCAGGCUAAGAGCUUACUGAUGCCUCCUAAUGACACAGACUGUAAGGAAAAUGCAGUGUUGCGCUCCAUCCGUUCAGCUCCAUGCUUCCCCGUAGCCGAUGGUCGGCUCCAGCAGCCUCUCUUCUCCCUGUCCAGUCAUGUCCCUCACUUCAACAGUCACCCCAUCAACCUUCCCUUCCUGCCUCACUCCUGGAGCACCGGGAGCCUGUGUGUCCCUACAGCGCUGUCCUCCGCGCCUCUUCACCUCCAUCCCCACAGCACUGAGGGAGGAAUGUGCCAGUGGACUGUCGGGAUAGGAUAGUUAGCCAGCACAGAAUGUAUUUUCACCAGUCAAGAAAUCUGGAUUAGAGUGUAGGUGUGUUAUUAUGUUCAAGGUUUUUUUAUAAGUCUGAAUGAGUUGUUGUAGACCAGGUCUUACAAAAGUAUGUGUGGAAUGAGAUAUACAAGCAUUUCUAUUAUUUCUUUUUAUAUUGUACAGUGUUUUUUGUCAUAAGUUCUCCUGUGAGUAAGAAAACAUGAUUCAGGUGCCUUUGGGGGUGGUUGGGAAUCUCAGAUCCUUCCCUACUAAUGUGAGAUCAACUACAUGAAAAAGAGGUUUAUAAUCAUUUUGCCCCCUGUAACUGUAUUGCUGAGUUUACACCUCUGAAAAUGACAAAGUACUUUACAUUAGUGUCACAUUUUAACCUUUGAUAAUUCAGUUUCUGAAUAUGUGAAAUGGUUAAGUGCUGUCUGUCCUCUAUAAAAGAACAAAGGGAAAUUACUACAUGUUGUGUGAUAGUCCAACCUGUUAUAUACAUAUGCCAAAGUGAAUAUUCAUGCACAAUGAGGAGGAGGUUCUACUGUUAUACGCACACACUAAAUAAUAAUAAAAUAUCAUAAAAGGCUA